AUGCAUGGACAUGCCAUUGAGCAUAUACCUCCUCCAAACCGCGAGACAGCGACCGAUGUAAAGGCGCUACUCAAGUCAACAAGAGCCGCAGUUCGCGAAGUGGAUUCGGUGAAGAACAUCUCGGGUAGACAAAAAAUAGGGACGUUUGAGCGCAUACGAUCUCUAGAGGUCGAACUCGAGAAGUAUAGGAAGAAGUACCGGGAACUCAAGAGCCAGAUCAAGAUAACUCGACACUCGCAAGAGAAGGAACGCGCGGAGGAUAAGAGGCUACUUGCUCGGGAGCAAUCUCAAGGGCAGGACAGCCUUCGGGAGCUGCACAAGAAGCUCGAGUCGAAAAAGAGUGAACUCGCCGUUGUACAAGAAAAAAUGGAAAGAUCCGAAGAGAGUAUCAAGAAACUAGACGAGGAAAUGAAAUUAUGGCGUACCAGUAGCAUCCGCUACAAGAAGAAAGUGGGUCUCAUUCUCGAUAUUCUUCGAGGCCUUGCUCUCAUUUGGAUCAAGUUUUACGCUUUAAAAGCAGGAGUGAAGGCUCGGAAUCGAGGAGAUAGUUCGGACGACUCUCUUGAGGUCAUCUGA